AUAUGAGUGUGGAGGGCACUUUAAAGUGUUAUGCGUGGUUUCGCGUUCGUGUUGACGAAAAGGCAAAUAACAAUUAGAACACAAUAAAACUCAGGAGAGCUGGGGCUUUAAAUAUGAAUGGAAAAAAUCAAUGCGAAGGUAAAGAGAAAAGUCACAAUAAAAUAUCUGAAUAUCCGACACCAACUAAAAAAUUCACGUUGAAAAAUUCGCAUUCCACUAUUCUCAAUAGAAAAAGUGAACCUAAACCUCAAGCAAAUGAACAUAACAUCGAUUUUCAUAACCGCAAAGGAAAUAUACACAAUAAACUGGAAAAUUCAUCCGAAGAACACAAACCCAAGAAUAGAUAUAGAGACAAGACUAAAAAGUAUUCAUCAUCGAGCUCGGACUCGGAUUCUAGUGAUGACGAGCAGUCGGCGAGUAAGAAGCCUGCGUUGGUGAAGGCGUCUCCAUCUGUGGGGAAGGCUGUUAGUGGUGUAGUUGCUGGUGGAAAGAAGGUGGUCGGGAAGCCUGCGUCGUCGAGUUCCGACUCGGAUUCGAGUGAUGAGGGUAAUGCCGGAUCAGCGAAGAAACCUGUUGGUGUAGUUGUUAGUGGUGUUAAGACGGGGAUGGGAGUUGUCCCACAAGGUGCUGCUCAGUCUGUGCAGAAGAAGAAAGUUGCGGCCGCUCCGUCGAGCUCGGACUCCGAUUCUAGUGAUGACGAGCAGCCGGCGAGUAAGAAGCCUGCGUUGGUGAAGGCGUCUCCAUCUGUGGGGAAGGCUGUUAGUGGUGUAGUUGCUGGUGGAAAGAAGGUGGUCGGGAAGCCUGCGUCGUCGAGUUCCGACUCGGAUUCGAGUGAUGAGGGUAAUGCCGGACCAGCGAAGAAACCUGUUGGUGUAGUUGUUAGUGGUGUUAAGACGGGGAUGGGAGUUGUCCCACAAGGUGCUGCUCAGUCUGUGCAGAAGAAGAAAGUUGCGGCCGCUCCGUCGAGCUCGGACUCUGAUUCUAGUGAUGACGAGCAGCCGGCGAGUAAGAAGCCUGCGUUGGUGAAGGCGUCUCCAUCUGUGGGGAAGGCUGUUAGUGGUGUAGUUGCUGGUGGAAAGAAGGUGGUCGGGAAGCCUGCGUCGUCGAGUUCCGACUCGGAUUCGAGUGAUGAGGGUAAUGCCGGAUCAGCGAAGAAACCUGUUGGUGUAGUUGUUAGUGGUGUUAAGACGGGGAUGGGAGUUGUCCCACAAGGUGCUGCUCAGUCUGUGCAGAAGAAGAAAGUUGCGGCCGCUCCGUCGAGCUCGGACUCCGAUUCUAGUGAUGACGAGCAGCCGGCGAGUAAGAAGCCUGCGUUGGUGAAGGCGUCUCCAUCUGUGGGGAAGGCUGUUAGUGGUGUAGUUGCUGGUGGAAAGAAGGUGGUCGGGAAGCCUGCGUCGUCGAGUUCCGACUCGGAUUCGAGUGAUGAGGGUAAUGCCGGAUCAGCGAAGAAACCUGUUGGUGUAGUUGUUAGUGGUGUUAAGACGGGGAUGGGAGUUGUCCCACAAGGUGCUGCUCAGUCUGUGCAGAAGAAGAAAGUUGCGGCCGCUCCGUCGAGCUCGGACUCCGAUUCUAGUGAUGACGAGCAGCCGGCGAGUAAGAAGCCUGCGUUGGUGAAGGCGUCUCCAUCUGUGGGGAAGGCUGUUAGUGGUGUAGUUGCUGGUGGAAAGAAGGUGGUCGGGAAGCCUGCGUCGUCGAGUUCCGACUCGGAUUCGAGUGAUGAGGGUAAUGCCGGAUCAGCGAAGAAACCUGUUGGUGUAGUUGUUAGUGGUGUUAAGACGGGGAUGGGAGUUGUCCCACAAGGUGCUGCUCAGUCUGUGCAGAAGAAGAAAGUUGCGGCCGCUCCGUCGAGCUCGGACUCCGAUUCUAGUGAUGACGAGCAGCCGGCGAGUAAGAAGCCUGCGUUGGUGAAGGCGUCUCCAUCUGUGGGGAAGGCUGUUAGUGGUGUAGUUGCUGGUGGAAAGAAGGUGGUCGGGAAGCCUGCGUCGUCGAGUUCCGACUCGGAUUCGAGUGAUGAGGGUAAUGCCGGAUCAGCGAAGAAACCUGUUGGUGUAGUUGUUAGUGGUGUUAAGACGGGGAUGGGAGUUGUCCCACAAGGUGCUGCUCAGUCUGUGCAGAAGAAGAAAGUUGCGGCCGCUCCGUCGAGCUCGGACUCCGAUUCUAGUGAUGACGAGCAGCCGGCGAGUAAGAAGCCUGCGUUGGUGAAGGCGUCUCCAUCUGUGGGGAAGGCUGUUAGUGGUGUAGUUGCUGGUGGAAAGAAGGUGGUCGGGAAGCCUGCGUCGUCGAGUUCCGACUCGGAUUCGAGUGAUGAGGGUAAUGCCGGAUCAGCGAAGAAACCUGUUGGUGUAGUUGUUAGUGGUGUUAAGACGGGGAUGGGAGUUGUCCCACAAGGUGCUGCUCAGUCUGUGCAGAAGAAGAAAGUUGCGGCCGCUCCAUCGAGCUCGGACUCCGAUUCUAGUGAUGACGAGCAGCCGGCGAGUAAGAAGCCUGCGUUGGUGAAGGCGUCUCCAUCUGUGGGGAAGGCUGUUAGUGGUGUAGUUGCUGGUGGAAAGAAGGUGGUCGGGAAGCCUGCGUCGUCGAGUUCCGACUCGGAUUCGAGUGAUGAGGGUAAUGCCGGAUCAGCGAAGAAACCUGUUGGUGUAGUUGUUAGUGGUGUUAAGACGGGGAUGGGAGUUGUCCCACAAGGUGCUGCUCAGUCUGUGCAGAAGAAGAAAGUUGCGGCCGCUCCGUCGAGCUCGGACUCUGAUUCUAGUGAUGACGAGCAGCCGGCGAGUAAGAAGCCUGCGUUGGUGAAGGCGUCUCCAUCUGUGGGGAAGGCUGUUAGUGGUGUAGUUGCUGGUGGUAAGAAGGUGGUCGGGAAGCCUGCGUCGUCGAGUUCCGACUCGGAUUCGAGUGAUGAGGGUAAUGCCGGACCAGCGAAGAAACCUGUUGGUGUAGUUGUUAGUGGUGUUAAGACGGGGAUGGGAGUUGUCCCACAAGGUGCUGCUCAGUCUGUGCAGAAGAAGAAAGUUGCGGCCGCUCCGUCGAGCUCGGACUCUGAUCCUAGUGAUGACGAGCAGCCGGCGAGUAAGAAGCCUGCGUUGGUGAAGGCGUCUCCAUCUGUGGGGAAGGCUGUUAGUGGUGUAGUUGCUGGUGGUAAGAAGGUGGUCGGGAAGCCUGCGUCGUCGAGUUCCGACUCGGAUUCGAGUGAUGAGGGUAAUGCCGGAUCAGCGAAGAAACCUGUUGGUGUAGUUGUUAGUGGUGUUAAGACGGGGAUGGGAGUUGUCCCACAAGGUGCUGCUCAGUCUGUGCAGAAGAAGAAAGUUGCGGCCGCUCCGUCGAGCUCGGACUCUGAUUCUAGUGAUGACGAGCAGCCGGCGAGUAAGAAGCCUGCGUUGGUGAAGGCGUCUCCAUCUGUGGGGAAGGCUGUUAGUGGUGUAGUUGCUGGUGGUAAGAAGGUGGUCGGGAAGCCUGCGUCGUCGAGUUCCGACUCGGAUUCGAGUGAUGAGGGUAAUGCCGGAUCAGCGAAGAAACCUGUUGGUGUAGUUGUUAGUGGUGUUAAGACGGGGAUGGGAGUUGUCCCACAAGGUGCUGCUCAGUCUGUGCAGAAGAAGAAAGUUGCGGCCGCUCCGUCGAGCUCGGACUCUGAUUCUAGUGAUGACGAGCAGCCGGCGAGUAAGAAGCCUGCGUUGGUGAAGGCGUCUCCAUCUGUGGGGAAGGCUGUUAGUGGUGUAGUUGCUGGUGGUAAGAAGGUGGUCGGGAAGCCUGCGUCGUCGAGUUCCGACUCGGAUUCGAGUGAUGAGGGUAAUGCCGGAUCAGCGAAGAAACCUGUUGGUGUAGUUGUUAGUGGUGUUAAGACGGGGAUGGGAGUUGUCCCACAAGGUGCUGCUCAGUCUGUGCAGAAGAAGAAAGUUGCGGCCGCUCCGUCGAGCUCGGACUCCGAUUCUAGUGAUGACGAGCAGCCGGCGAGUAAGAAGCCUGCGUUGGUGAAGGCGUCUCCAUCUGUGGGGAAGGCUGUUAGUGGUGUAGUUGCUGGUGGAAAGAAGGUGGUCGGGAAGCCUGCGUCGUCGAGUUCCGACUCGGAUUCGAGUGAUGAGGGUAAUGCCGGAUCAGCGAAGAAACCUGUUGGUGUAGUUGUUAGUGGUGUUAAGACGGGGAUGGGAGUUGUCCCACAAGGUGCUGCUCAGUCUGUGCAGAAGAAGAAAGUUGCGGCCGCUCCGUCGAGCUCGGACUCCGAUUCUAGUGAUGACGAGCAGCCGGCGAGUAAGAAGCCUGCGUUGGUGAAGGCGUCUCCAUCUGUGGGGAAGGCUGUUAGUGGUGUAGUUGCUGGUGGAAAGAAGGUGGUCGGGAAGCCUGCGUCGUCGAGUUCCGACUCGGAUUCGAGUGAUGAGGGUAAUGCCGGAUCAGCGAAGAAACCUGUUGGUGUAGUUGUUAGUGGUGUUAAGACGGGGAUGGGAGUUGUCCCACAAGGUGCUGCUCAGUCUGUGCAGAAGAAGAAAGUUGCGGCCGCUCCGUCGAGCUCGGACUCCGAUUCUAGUGAUGACGAGCAGCCGGCGAGUAAGAAGCCUGCGUUGGUGAAGGCGUCUCCAUCUGUGGGGAAGGCUGUUAGUGGUGUAGUUGCUGGUGGUAAGAAGGUGGUCGGGAAGCCUGCGUCGUCGAGUUCCGACUCGGAUUCGAGUGAUGAGGGUAAUGCCGGAUCAGCGAAGAAACCUGUUGGUGUAGUUGUUAGUGGUGUUAAGACGGGGAUGGGAGUUGUCCCACAAGGUGCUGCUCAGUCUGUGCAGAAGAAGAAAGUUGCGGCCGCUCCGUCGAGCUCGGACUCCGAUUCUAGUGAUGACGAGCAGCCGGCGAGUAAGAAGCCUGCGUUGGUGAAGGCGUCUCCAUCUGUGGGGAAGGCUGUUAGUGGUGUAGUUGCUGGUGGAAAGAAGGUGGUCGGGAAGCCUGCGUCGUCGAGUUCCGACUCGGAUUCGAGUGAUGAGGGUAAUGCCGGAUCAGCGAAGAAACCUGUUGGUGUAGUUGUUAGUGGUGUUAAGACGGGGAUGGGAGUUGUCCCACAAGGUGCUGCUCAGUCUGUGCAGAAGAAGAAAGUUGCGGCCGCUCCGUCGAGCUCGGACUCCGAUUCUAGUGAUGACGAGCAGCCGGCGAGUAAGAAGCCUGCGUUGGUGAAGGCGUCUUCAUCUGUGGGGAAGGCUGUUAGUGGUGUAGUUGCUGGUGGAAAGAAGGUGGUCGGGAAGCCUGCGUCGUCGAGUUCCGACUCGGAUUCGAGUGAUGAGGGUAAUGCCGGAUCAGCGAAGAAACCUGUUGGUGUAGUUGUUAGUGGUGUUAAGACGGGGAUGGGAGUUGUCCCACAAGGUGCUGCUCAGUCUGUGCAGAAGAAGAAAGUUGCGGCCGCUCCGUCGAGCUCGGACUCCGAUUCUAGUGAUGACGAGCAGCCGGCGAGUAAGAAGCCUGCGUUGGUGAAGGCGUCUCCAUCUGUGGGGAAGGCUGUUAGUGGUGUAGUUGCUGGUGGAAAGAAGGUGGUCGGGAAGCCUGCGUCGUCGAGUUCCGACUCGGAUUCGAGUGAUGAGGGUAAUGCCGGAUCAGCGAAGAAACCUGUUGGUGUAGUUGUUAGUGGUGUUAAGACGGGGAUGGGAGUUGUCCCACAAGGUGCUGCUCAGUCUGUGCAGAAGAAGAAAGUUGCGGCCGCUCCGUCGAGCUCGGACUCCGAUUCUAGUGAUGACGAGCAGCCGGCGAGUAAGAAGCCUGCGUUGGUGAAGGCGUCUCCAUCUGUGGGGAAGGCUGUUAGUGGUGUAGUUGCUGGUGGUAAGAAGGUGGUCGGGAAGCCUGCGUCGUCGAGUUCCGACUCGGAUUCGAGUGAUGAGGGUAAUGCCGGAUCAGCGAAGAAACCUGUUGGUGUAGUUGUUAGUGGUGUUAAGACGGGGAUGGGAGUUGUCCCACAAGGUGCUGCUCAGUCUGUGCAGAAGAAGAAAGUUGCGGCCGCUCCGUCGAGCUCGGACUCUGAUUCUAGUGAUGACGAGCAGCCGGCGAGUAAGAAGCCUGCGUUGGUGAAGGCGUCUCCAUCUGUGGGGAAGGCUGUUAGUGGUGUAGUUGCUGGUGGAAAGAAGGUGGUCGGGAAGCCUGCGUCGUCGAGUUCCGACUCGGAUUCGAGUGAUGAGGGUAAUGCCGGAUCAGCGAAGAAACCUGUUGGUGUAGUUGUUAGUGGUGUUAAGACGGGGAUGGGAGUUGUCCCACAAGGUGCUGCUCAGUCUGUGCAGAAGAAGAAAGUUGCGGCCGCUCCGUCGAGCUCGGACUCUGAUUCUAGUGAUGACGAGCAGCCGGCGAGUAAGAAGCCUGCGUUGGUGAAGGCGUCUCCAUCUGUGGGGAAGGCUGUUAGUGGGGUAGUUGCUGGUGGCAAGAAGGUGGUCGGGAAGCCUGCGUCGUCGAGUUCCGACUCGGAUUCGAGUGAUGAGGGUAAUGCCGGACCAGCGAAGAAACCUGUUGGUGUAGUUGUUAGUGGUGUUAAGACGGGGAUGGGAGUUGUCCCACAAGGUGCUGCUCAGUCUGUGCAGAAGAAGAAAGUUGCGGCCGCUCCGUCGAGCUCGGACUCCGAUUCUAGUGAUGGCGAGCAGCCGGCGAGUAAGAAGCCUGCGUUGGUGAAGGCGUCUCCAUCUGUGGGGAAGGCUGUUAGUGGUGUAGUUGCUGGUGGUAAGAAGGUGGUCGGGAAGCCUGCGUCGUCGAGUUCCGACUCGGAUUCGAGUGAUGAGGGUAAUGUCGGAUCAGCGAAGAAACCUGUUGGUGUAGUUGUUAGUGGUGUUAAGACGGGGAUGGGAGUUGUCCCACAAGGUGCUGCUCAGUCUGUGCAGAAGAAGAAAGUUGCGGCCGCUCCGUCGAGCUCGGACUCUGAUUCUAGUGAUGACGAGCAGCCGGCGAGUAAGAAGCCUGCGUUGGUGAAGGCGUCUCCAUCUGUGGGGAAGGCUGUUAGUGGUGUAGUUGCUGGUGGUAAGAAGGUGGUCGGGAAGCCUGCGUCGUCGAGUUCCGACUCGGAUUCGAGUGAUGAGGGUAAUGCCGGACCAGCGAAGAAACCUGUUGGUGUAGUUGUUAGUGGUGUUAAGACGGGAAUGGGAGUUGUUCCACAAGGUGCUGCUCAGUCUGUGCAGAAGAAGAAAGUUGCGGCCGCUCCGUCGAGCUCGGACUCCGAUUCUAGUGAUGACGAGCAGCCGGCGAGUAAGAAGCCUGCGUUGGUGAAGGCGUCUCCAUCUGUGGGGAAGGCUGUUAGUGGUGUAGUUGCUGGUGGAAAGAAGGCGGUCGGGAAGCCUGCGUCGUCGAGUUCCGACUCGGAUUCGAGUGAUGAGGGUAAUGCCGGAUCAGCGAAGAAACCUGUUGGUGUAGUUGUUAGUGGUGUUAAGACGGGGAUGGGAGUUGUCCCACAAGGUGCUGCUCAGUCUGUGCAGAAGAAGAAAGUUGCGGCCGCUCCGUCGAGCUCGGACUCCGAUUCUAGUGAUGACGAGCAGCCGGCGAGUAAGAAGCCUGCGUUGGUGAAGGCGUCUCCAUCUGUGGGCAAGACUGUUGGCUGUGUAAUUGCUGGUGGAAAGAAGGUGGUCGGGAAGCCUGCGUCGUCGAGUUCCGACUCGGAUUCGAGUGAUGAGGGUAAUGCCGGAUCAGCGAAGAAACCUGUUGGUGUAGUUGUUAGUGGUGUUAAGACAGGGAUGGGAGUUGUCCCACAAGGUGCUGCUGCUCAGUCUGUGCAGAAGAAGAAAGUUGCGGCCGCUCCGUCGAGCUCGGACUCUGAUUCUAGUGAUGACGAGCAGCCGGCGAGUAAGAAGCCUGCGUUGGUGAAGGCGUCUCCAUCUGUGGGCAAGGCUGUUAGUGGUGUAGUUGCUGGUGGUAAGAAGGUGGUCGGGAAGCCUGCAUCGUCGAGUUCCGACUCGGAUUCGAGUGAUGAGGGUAAUGCCGGACCAGCGAAGAAACCUGUUGGUGUAGUUGUUAGUGGUGUUAAGACGGGAAUGGGAGUUGUCCCACAAGGUGCUGCUCAGUCUGUGCAGAAGAAGAAAGUUGCGGCCGCUCCGUCGAGCUCGGACUCUGAUUCUAGUGAUGACGAGCAGCCGGCGAGUAAGAAGCCUGCGUUGGUGAAGGCGUCUCCAUCUGUGGGGAAGGCUGUUAGUGGUGUAGUUGCUGGUGGUAAGAAGGUGGUCGGGAAGCCUGCGUCGUCGAGUUCCGACUCGGAUUCGAGUGAUGAGGGUAAUGCCGGAUCAGCGAAGAAACCUGUUGGUGUAGUUGUUAGUGGUGUUAAGACAGGGAUGGGAGUUGUCCCACAAGGUGCUGCUCAGUCUGUGCAGAAGAAGAAAGUUGCGGCCGCUCCGUCGAGCUCGGACUCCGAUUCUAGUGAUGACGAGCAGCCGGCGAGUAAGAAGCCUGCGUUGGUGAAGGCGUCUCCAUCUGUGGGGAAGGCUGUUAGUGGUGUAGUUGCUGGUGGUAAGAAGGUGGUCGGGAAGCCUGCGUCGUCGAGUUCCGACUCGGAUUCGAGUGAUGAGGGUAAUGCCGGAUCAGCGAAGAAACCUGUUGGUGUAGUUGUUAGUGGUGUUAAGACGGGGAUGGGAGUUGUCCCACAAGGUGCUGCUCAGUCUGUGCAGAAGAAGAAAGUUGCGGCCGCUCCAUCGAGCUCGGACUCCGAUUCUAGUGAUGACGAGCAGCCGGCGAGUAAGAAGCCUGCGUUGGUGAAGGCGUCUCCAUCUGUGGGGAAGGCUGUUAGUGGUGUAGUUGCUGGUGGAAAGAAGGUGGUCGGGAAGCCUGCGUCGUCGAGUUCCGACUCGGAUUCGAGUGAUGAGGGUAAUGCCGGAUCAGCGAAGAAACCUGUUGGUGUAGCUGUUAGUGGUGUUAAGACGGGGAUGGGAGUUGUCCCACAAGGUGCUGCUCAGUCUGUGCAGAAGAAGAAAGUUGCGGCCGCUCCAUCGAGCUCGGACUCCGAUUCUAGUGAUGACGAGCAGCCGGCGAGUAAGAAGCCUGCGUUGGUGAAGGCGUCUCCAUCUGUGGGCAAGAAUGUUGGUUGUGUAGUUGGAGGUCAUCCGACAGGUUUGCAGCAGUCUGCUUUGGGUGAUGAUUGUGGUCCUGUUCGUGGUGAAUCUUUGAAUCAUUCCUUUAAUCGUAAACGCCGUUUCUCGUUUGUUGGUUCCGGUGAUUUUAAGAAUACUAGUUCUGUUGGUUGUCCUACUAACAAUUUCGUAUCUACGACUAAAACGUCUUUCACUGAUUCUAACGGUCCUUUUCGUCGCGUGGAUGAGAAGGAUGUGUUUAUCCACCCCAAUCUGCGGGACAAUUCGUUUGAGGCAAAGCGGAAUGCACGUGGAUCGUGGGGUGAAAAAGCGAAUCGCGAUUUCAAGUUUACCAGUGGAAAAGCGUUCAAACAAGAGAAAACUAAAAAGAAGAGAGGUUCUUAUAGCGGAGGUUCACUUUCCUUAGAUUCUUGUUCCUUUAAAUUUAAUGAAUAAACAGGUCUUUACUCCUGAUUUUCUGUAAAUAUUUUUCCACCUACAUGCAUUUUGUAAAUAGGAAGAUAGUUAAAAUAUUUUCUAAUGCUUUGCGAUAACUUUGACGUACUGUUUGUCUAAAAAAUAUUUUGCUGUAAUUUUUUUGAAAUAUCGUCAUUUCAAAUGUUAUCGUUCAGUAAAUCGUGGCUAUUGCAAAAUGCAUUGUUUUGUAGUAGUGACUUGGGAGAAAUUGG